GAAACCUGCAGCCUGUGAUUAGCUUUUCGUGCACUUUCUCCAAUCGUGAAGCAAAGAGCCGGCUAAAGAGCGGAAAAAUGCAGACUUCUAUAGUGAAACUGGCCGUAUUUUCCAUUUUGCAGGCUCUUCUUUCUCUGUCCGUUUUCCAGGACGUGGUGGAUGCAGCUGAUGGACGAGGAUUUGGGGAUCACAUCCACUGGAGAUCACUGGAUGAUGGUAAAAAGGAAGCACAAGCCAGCGGUUUGCCAAUGAUGGUCAUAAUUCACAAGACUUGGUGUGGCGCCUGCAAAGCGCUGAAGCCCAAGUUUGCAGAGUCCAAGGACAUUUCUGAACUUGCACACAACUUUGUCAUGGUCAACCUUGAGGACGAGGAGGAGCCAAAGGACGAUGCCUUCAGUCCAGACGGAGGAUACAUUCCCCGCAUUCUUUUCCUCGAUCCUCAUGGAAAGGUUCACCCUGAAAUCACCAACAGAAAUGGCAAUCCAAACUACAAGUACUUCUACAGCAACGCAGAGCAGGUCGUGUCUGGGAUGAGGGAGGCACAGGAGACGCUGACCGGAGAUGCUUUCAAACGCCACAGCGGAGACGAGCUCUGAAGAAAACCUAUUUCACAUCAGGCUGUAAGGGCUACCACACAACCCUGGACAACCAAUAACUAUUCUGACACUCGGGCUGCACAAUAUAAACAAAUAAGAAUGUUCACUUAGGGUUCUGGGAGAGAUUAGCAUUAUAGCUCCAAUCUUUAACAAAAAUGGUGCAAGUGGGGAAAGGAAAUCUGUUCUGAAUUUUAUGGAGGUUGUUCUGAAUCCGUGUAUCAUUCGUUCAUUUGUUUUUCAAUAUAAAACCAAAAAUAAGAAAACGAAAAACAAAACUAUUCUUCAUUAUUUGUCUCCGAAACCAAAAUGAAAAAACAGAUAAUGAUUUGUUUUUUCCCUUUUCGAUUUUGUGUUUAAAUGAAUAAUGGAAAAAACUGAUAAUAUUUCUGUAACUUAAACUGUGAUGCUGGACUUUUGCGCCACAUAUGGACUGAACCAAGACUGAACCAGGACUAAAAGGACUAAACCAGGUCUAAACCAGGUGUAAACCAGGACUAAACCGUUUUCAGUCCUGUUCUGGUCCCGGCCUCGGUCCCGGCCUCGGUCCCGGCCUCGGUCCCGGUCUCAAUCACGGUCUGGUCCCGGCCUCAGUCCCAGUCUGUAGUCACAGUCUGGUCCCGGUCUCAGGCCUGAUCUCAGUCCUGGUCCUGGUCCCAGACUCAGUCCCGGUCUGGUCCCGGUCUCGUUCCAGUCUGGUCUCGGACCUAGUUUAGUCCUGGUUCAGUCCGUAUGCGGCGCAGACGUCCAGCAUCACAGUUUAAGUCACGGAAACGGGAAACAAUCGUUAUCCAUUUUUCCAUUAUUAAUUUAAACACAAAAUCGGAAACUGAAAAAACGAAUUGUUUUCUGUUUUUUCAUGUUGGUUUUAGAGACAAAUAAUUUAAAAAACUGUUUUUUUUUUUCUUUUCUUAUUUUUGGUUUUAUUUUGGAAAAACUAAUAAACGAGUGAUACACAGAUUAGUUCUGCCGCUCCAAAACCUGUAGUAGACUGGAGGAGGAGUAGCCCUACAGGGACUUUUAAAACUUGCAUCAUAUUACAGUAGAUUAUUGUAGAUUAUGUUUUGACAAUACAAAAAGAAUUAUAAUGCCUUAAAGUGCUUGCUGAAGUCUUGCUGCACUCUAAUGAUUAAUCACUCAGUGGUGGUAAAUUACUAUUGUAGCCACAGCUGCCCUGGGACAGACAAAAGUGACAAAGUGACAAAAGUGAGGUUGCCAAUCUGCCACAUCUGCCCCUCUGGCCACCACCAACACUCACACCACAUACAUACUCGGCAAUGUGGGUGAAGGACACAAAAACAGGAUGAAUGCUCGAGCACAGGGGUGGGCAAACUACGGCCCAGGGGCCAUAUGCGGCCGUUUAAUCUUUUUAAUCUGGCCCGCCAAACUUGAAUAUUGAUAAUAAUAAUUUUCAGUGUUUUAAAAGUCAUUUCAAUCAAUAGUAAAUGCUGUGGGAUUUAAAAGACAGAUAAUUUGUUGUAAUGCUUUGGAAUGUUUUUCAAUUAUGGGAUAUUUCAGUUUUUUCAAUUUUUUUUCUUUUAUGAGGUGGAUUACCAAAAAACUCCAUCCAUCUGCUCCUGGUCUGGCCCUUCCAUCAAAUUUUAGACCCCUUUUGUGACCCACGAGUCAAAAAGUUUGCCCACCUCUGCUCUAGACGCUUGUUGUUUCCAGUAAACAUUAUUUCAAAUACAGCUCAAAUUUUUGCAAUGUAUGUUUUUCUCUAUUACUGAGCAGAAUUGAAUGCCUUUAUGUACAAGUUUUAACGAAGAACAGUACAAAUACAUGACUAUAGCCCUAUUCGCACGGGAUAAGUACAACCUGGGGACGUCUGGUAAUUUGCAAAUCUGUGUUACUUGAGGCGCAUUCACACGGGAUAAGCAAAGUGGGUAAAUUUCUCUAUUUUACUGACAUUGACACUGAGGUUGAAAGAGAAAAGAACACGGAAACAAAAGAAAUUAAGCUGUUUGCUGUUGUAAUAUCUCCGCUUUUCUGAGAUGCAGAUUUGCACGGGACUAGUAUUAUCACCGGACGUCUAUGUUUAGCAAAAUAAAGUAGGUAAUUUGCUGCAGAAUUUUUACUUUACAAAUUACAGACAUGGAUUAAGAUCUCAGACAUCUUCCGCAAUUAUUACAAAUCACCAGAGGUCCACCGGUAAAACUAAUCCCGUGCGAAAAGGGCUUAAAUUGUGACGUCAAGUAAAGGUUUAGUCAGGACAAACACUUUCAUUUUUGACUCCUCAAGAAAUAAACUCCUGAGUUGAUGUUUUGAUUAAAGAGGUGAACAUAUUGUGCAGCCCCAGUUGAACAAAAACAAAGGCAGCAGUAUUUGAUAGUCUUACACAUGGGUUUUCUGCCUGGUAACGUUCAGAUCAUGAUACUGUAAUUUACUGUUUUCUCUGAAUGCCAUAAGACUGUCACUCUGGUCUGUAGAGGAUGGACAAUUACACAGAGCCAAGUAACGUAGUUAUUUAAGUUACAUCUGUGAACACUGCAAAAGAAAGCCCGCUCCAUGGUUUAAGAUUUAAAUCUGAAAUCAGCUGCUCCCAAAUUUAUCUUGCAAUAUUUUGUGUAGUUUGUUCAAAAAUGGGGAUAACAUUUUCUAAAAAAAACUUCGAGUAUACAAGAUCUAUUGCUAAAAAUUACAAUUACUCAUAAAAAACAAGUGGCACAUCUAAAAAUGCAAAGUUUGUAUUUUGCAAGAUUUUAGCUCAGUUUUGCAUAUUGAAAACUUUGAUUGCAUAUACAAGUUAAAAAGCCAAAAUAUUUGAACUUCUUUCUCAAAAUUUUAAUCAAUUAAGAUCAAGAUAUUGCAUUAAUUUUGUAUUUGUGAACUGGGUCAAAAACUAUUGGUGUUUUUGCUUCAUUUAGGUUAAGGUCAGUAAUUAAAGAUGCAGGACAAAGGUUCGUUCUUUUGAAUUUCAAUUAAGAACGAAAAACAGUAAAAUGGGAAAACAGUUUAUUUCGUUAUUUCAUUAUUUCAUUUUAGUGUCAAACAAAAAAACUGAUUUCCACCACUAUUUCUGUCUCUGUGCCUGUUUUAUUUAGAUAUUUUAUUCUCUCUGGUUUAUUUGCCCCAGAAGUUCUGCUGCAGUGUCAGCAAUAGAUUUAUAAUAAAACUAUUUUUAUUAUAGUUCUGUCGCAGUUACCUGUUUCUCAUCAUGGAGUUCAACAAUGACUUUCUAAGACACGAAAGUUAACACGUCACGAUAAAAGAAGACGACGCAUUUGUCCAUAAAAUUGCAACGAUUUUUCAGGCGAGUCCUUCUAGCAGCAGAACUUCCGGGGCAAAUAAGCCAAAUAAAAUAUCUAAAUUGAAAUAGACAUCGAGAUUGAGAAUAAACGUUUAAAUGAAAUAUUGGAACUAGAGGUCGAAAGGUGUUUUUCUGACACUAAAACGGAAAAAUGAAAUGACAAACUGUUUUCUCAUUUUAUUGUUUUUCAUUCUUAAUUGAAAUUCAAAAGAACGAAUGAUACACGGGCCGACAAAUAUAACUGAUAAAAUUUGUUUUCUUAAGUAGACUCUAUGCAUUUUCUACGAUAAUGUCGAAUAUAAUGUAGGUACCAAACAUUUAGCUGGACUUUCUGACCCGCAGUGUUUCCAGAUGCUGUUAAAGUGCAUACGACAGGUUCAGGCUCAUUUCACUAAAACAUGGGGUAUUCUGCAAUUUAUUUAUUUAUUUUUUUAGAUUUCUUCAUGUUAUAAUGUUCUCUCAUCAAAAACAUGCCUGAAGAGAUUUUAGAUCCCAUCUAUGCAUGUUUUGAGUAAUUUAGAGAUCUCUUGUAGGCUCUAGUCGAACCCUGUGGAAGACUCCGCCCACAAGCUCCCACGCGACAAUUCACCAUAAAUAUGAAAGCAUGACAACUUCACAAACCUGAUGUGAUGAGCAGUAGUUUCAUUAGCGGUUCAUUAGCACGUUGAUAGUGUUGUGAUCGCACUCUAAGGGGGGAGUGACUUAACACAGGGAGCGAAAGGACUUGGCGUCAAAAACUAAAGUGUUCAUGUUGUUUUCAGUGAAUAUACAGGGUUCCCACGGUCAAGUAAAUCCUGGAAAAGUCAUGUCCAGGCCUCAAAGUUAGUCAGGUUGGCACCACCUAGUGCCUCCGCUCAAUUUCAUUUCUCUCCAGUGACUAGGUCAGGAAUCAAAAUACACUAGACGAUUCGCAAAAACCCCGGAAGUGUGAGUUCGGGCACCAGCCAAUCAGCGAAGAGACAUACAUUCUGUUUUAGCAAUGAUUCCUAAGAUCGAGGAUUUAAAGCCUGAACAAAGAGAAUGUUUGGUGAAUUUCACCAAGGGGAAAGACGUUAUUGUCCUUCUUCCUACGGGAUUUGGCGCAUUACAUACGUCACGACCAAAUAGCAACGAUUGGUUAAAUAAAAAAAGUACCCGCCUACCGUUGAGCAAACGAAUCCUAAUGCUGCGAGGUCAGACGGUUUCUACAAAGUGAAACCGGCUGCUGAAUCAGGCUAUCGAUAAGUCAUGGAUUUUUGUAAAUUCAGUGAAAGUUUUGUAAAAGUCAUGGAAUUUUAGUAUCUCUUUCACACAACUCCAGCGUUCUGUUAAGUUAUUGUUAAACUAUUAUGAUUAUUUCCGAAUGUCUGAGCCUUUUGUUUAAAAGAGACGACAAUAAAUGCACUGACAGUAUUUUGAAUGUUAAAAACCAUAAUCCCAAACCAUAAGAUGAGUGGAAAGGGUUAAUAUUUCAUAUUUAGCCCUAAAAGUCUGAUCAAUUCUACACAUGUAGGUGCCGUAAAGUCAUGGAAAAUUCACUUUAGGUCAUGAAAACGAGUGGGAACCCUGAAUAUAGCAUUUUCAAAACAAUAAAAGGUAACAUGAUGAUAUGUUAUGGGUUAGCAGUUAAUACUCCUUAAAAGUAAAAUACCCCCUCUCUUUUGUGUUGGUGACAGAACUUACUACUACGUUCUGUAUUUUUGCACUUUUCUUCUAAAAUUUCUGUCCACAAAUUGCCGCUUUAACUAAUAUUAAACUAUGAUAAAUACUGACCACAGGUACAGUCCCACCAAACCUCUCGUAUGCACUUUAAUCACAAAUAAUUGAACCAGGUUUUUGCACCGUUAGCCAAGUCACCUCCAAACGUGCUUCCAUCGUCCUCUACAGCCUCCUUAUGUGAAAAUACUCUUUAUUCUCUUUAUUUAAACACUACGAACGUUCAUUUAACCCUCACAGUUUAAGUACUUCAGUUGUAACGUACCUUUUGUUGCCUGUGAAGUGACUUUUUGUAUUACUUGUGUUACUUAAAGGAAUAGUCCAGUGUUUUGUUAUAUUUUAGGCGUAUUUGGGAUGGGGUUGGGAGUACCAGGAAACUAGAAGGUUGCAGGAUUAAUGUCCAGAUAGUGUGGAGUUUGCAUGUUCUUCCUGUGUCUGGGUGGGUUUCCAGUGUUACCAUAUAGUUUCUUCCAUUAGCCAAAAAUAUACACAUGUUAGAAAUUGAAAUAUUUACUCCUCUUAACUGUGAUCCUGGUUCAAAGGAUGGGUCAAAUUCUGGGGUUAAAAUUCUCUUUAGGUUCCAGUAAAUCUUAAAUCUAAACUAUAUCAUGUCACUUCGUGUUGUUUCGUGGUGAAAUUGAAGAAUAUUUGGACUUUUUUUUAAGGAUUUGCUGCAUAAGUACCAUUAAAACAAGAUUAUAUAGCACAAUAAUUGACAAUAUACAACCUAUCCAGUAAACAUGAUUUGUGUUUAUAGUUUAAAUCCGUUUCUGUCACUGGACUCUGCCUUUAAACUUGCCUUGUUAAACUGUAAGGGAACCCAUUUGUUCAUUGUUUCGAUGUAUUUUAUACACAGCCAUUGGGCAAAAUAAAGUUUGUGUAUUGAGUAA